UUCCGGGUGCAUCAAAACAUUCACCAGGGGCGUCUGACGUUGUCAUUUAUUAGCGUCACUUGUCACCGUUAGACGCUACUCAGUGGGGUCCCAUCAUGCUUAAAUCAUGUUGUAUAUACGGGUCCGGGUUGUUUUCGUUUUUAUUUCUCAUCCUGGGCAUCGCGCUGGUCCUGUCUAACGCGUUUUCAAAACUAGUGGAGUCAGUGGUGAAAAAGGAAAUUGUGUUGAAGAAUGGCACCGAGGCUUUCGAUGUUUGGGAGGAUCCACCGGCGCCGAUCUACAUGCAGUUUUACUUCUUUAACCUGACCAAUCCACUUGAGGUGCUGGACGGGCAGAGGCCAGCUGUGGUGGAGAUUGGACCAUACACUUACAGAGAGUUCCGGCCUAUGGAAGAGGUGAACUUUCAGGAUAAUGGCACCAAAGUAGCAGCAGUCAACACGAAGACAUACAUAUUCCAACGUGACAUGUCACGGGGUCCGGAGAGUGAGCUCAUCAGGACUGUUAACAUCCCUGCUGUGACGCUGAUGGAGCGGUUCAAGUCUCAUUCUUUUUUUGCCAAGCUGAUCUCAAACUACAUGACGGACAAAGAUGAAGGCCUGUUCACCACACGCACGGUGGGAGAGCUCCUGUGGGGAUACGAAGAUGCUCUGCUGAAAAUCAUCCACGCUUUUAAACCCGAAGUGGAUUCUGCCUUUGGGCUAUUCCACAAGAGCAAUGCCACCGAUGAUGGACAGUACGUGUUCUUCACGGGCCAGCAGGACUACACGGACUUUGCCCGAGUGGAUACGUGGAAUAAUCAAAGCUCGUUGAAUUGGUGGACAUCCGAUGAGUGCAACAUGAUCAACGGAACCAACGGCGCCUCGUUCCAUUCGGUCCUCACAAAGAAGGAAACCCUCUACAUGUUCUCCUCGGACCUGUGCAGGUCGAUGUACGCUGUGUACGAGGAGGAUGUAACGGUGAAAGGAAUUCCCGGGUAUCGCUUCGCUCCCCCCAGUCAGGUGUUCGCCAACGCAUCGGUGAACCCUUCCAACGCGGGCUUCUGCGUCCCCUCCGGCAACUGCCUCGGCUCGGGCGUCCUUAACGUCAAGCCAUGCAAACAAGGUGCACCCAUAGUCAUGUCCUCUCCGCACUUCUACCAGGGAGAUGAGAAAUUUGUGCGGGCAGUUUUUGGCAUGAGGCCCCGCAAGGAGUAUCACCAGACCUUCAUUGACCUCAAUCCUCUCACUGGAAUAGUCCUGCGAGCUGCCAAACGUCUCCAAGUCAACGUGUACGUGGAGAAAAUGGACACAUUCAGCCAAACUGGAAACGUGACCACAGUGAUCUUUCCUGUAGUUUACCUGAAUGAGAGCGUCGUCAUCGAUGACUCAUCCGUGGCCAAAUUGAACGCAGUGGUGGUGCAGCAGAACGUGCUGAUAAACAUUCCGUUCAUACUGAUCGGGAUCGCCAUCAUCCUGGGCGGAGUAUUCAUGCUGCUGGUGUGUCGCCACAAGAUGCCUGAGGGUAGCGCUGCAGAACGUCAGCCGCUGCUGGCGUCAUAGCCCCCAAGACAAGAAGUGACGGGUCGCGGGGCGGGGCACCACGUCCUCCCACCUGAUACCUAACGUCAAGUAUUCCAUCAGUCUGCACCUUUUGACGUCCGAGUCCAAGUUUGUUUUUUUGUGUUCUUCUCGGUCAGGUCAAUCUAGAUGUUCUAAAAUAAUCCCAAGUUCCUGGCACCCUCAAGGAUGACAUCAUUUAGUUUUGUUUUGUUUUGUUUUCAGUGAGGUGUCAUAACUGCUAAGUGAGUGGAAGCCAUCAAACUGCAAUUGUUGUAAAUAAGAGACUUUUUUUAUGGGUAGGGUAAUCCUUAAGAAAAUGUCAAGUGAAUUACAGUUCAGUCAACCUGGAAUAACAUAGUAUUGAACACUAACAAUAACAAAGGGAAGUUCUUGUAUUUUGAUUGUUGUCCACUAAUUCCAAUCACCCCUGACCCACAAAUCCUGCUGACAAAGUACUUUUAACCAUGUUGGUUGAUGCAGGUUUUUUUUUCGCUUGCUCGCUGCUCGAAAUGCCACUUCCUUUUUGUACGACUGUUUGGCCCUGUAAGAAUUUUACCCACGUAGUGUUCAUAAGUGUCUUUUUAAUUGAGCUGCAUGAAUGAAGUUACUGUAUGACCACACAAAAUAACCACACCACUUUUCGCUGUCAUAACUGUCAUCUUUUCUCAUGUUCUUUGAGCAGAUUCUGAAAGAAAAGAGAAAUGUUAACGCGCGGCUGACUUUCUCAUUUGUCACCUUUGAAGAUUUUGGCACUUGCCGUAAGCCGAAUUUCAAUAAUAAACUCACCAUUCUUCA